AUGCCGGUGCAGAUCCCCGACGACUCGGACUUCUCGUCGUUUAAAGAAGAGUGUGUGAGUUCAGAAGGAUGGAUCAGCAGAUACAACAAGGGAGGAGUGACUGUGUGGUGCAGACAGGAGGAGAGCAAGACGGUGCAGAAGCUCAAGAUGAGAAUCGUGUGUAAGGACGUGACGGCCGAGACGCUGUACGACGUUCUCCACGACACCAGCUACCGCAGGAAGUGGGACACCAACAUGAUCGACACCUAUGACAUCGGCAGGCUGACGGCCAACGCUGACGUCGGUUAUUACUCCUGGAAAUGUCCGAGCCCGCUGAAGAACAGAGACUUCGUGACCAUGAGGUCUUGGCUUCCUCUCGGCAACGACUUCCUGAUCAUCAACUACUCCGUCAAACACCCGCAACAUCCUCCUAAGAAAGAUUACGUCCGAGCCGUCAGUCUGCUGACCGGAUACCUGAUCCAGUCCAACGGAGCCAACUGCUCCACGCUCUACUACCUGACCCAGGUCGACCCUAAAGGUUCUUUACCAAAGUGGGUCGUGAACCGAGUCUCUCAGUUCGUGGCUCCAAAGGCCAUGAGGAAGAUCUACAAGGCGUCUCAGAAGUAUCCGGACUGGAAGAGGAAGCACAACCCGCUGCUGAAGCCGUGGACGUUCCCGGAGCAGAACUCGCUGCCGUGCAUCGACGCGUCCGAGCUGACGAGGCAACGCGCCGACUCGCUGGAGAACAUCGACGAGAGCGGACUGAGCGAGGAGAAGCACAGCGGAGACGAGGAGACCUAAACA